ACUGGAUCCUCUGCACAUUGUUAUCAGUGACAGUGCGCCACUAAGGGAAUCAGUUUUACGCACGGGCUCCUACGGGCGCAGACUCACAGUGGAGCCUCUCUGUCCUCCUCCUCUGCCAUGGAGAACUCCAGUCUGUUCGGUGGCGACGCACAAAGAGCUGGUUUGAUAGAUUUUCCAAUGCUGGGCACUUUGAAGCGAGUUUUGGAUUUUCCGAAAGAUGGAGCCGCGGCUGGAUCAGGAGUAGCCGGUGGUGUCAUGAUUCUUGAAGGCGGCACGUUGAGGACAGCUGCCGGAGAUGGAGUGGACUUUAUGGCCGCUCCGCCGACGGAAUCCCCUCACCUGGUGCCCGCCUUUUGGGAUUCCCCGCUUAAUCACGGAAUCAAUGUAUUCGUGGGACUCGUCCUUUGCUUCACUAUGCUGGGACUGGGCUGUACGGUGGAGGUGAGCCAGAUUGGCGAACAUAUCCGCAGACCCAUCGGGGUGUUGCUGGCACUGGUGUGUCAGUUUGUUAUCAUGCCCUUGGUGGCCUUUCUGUUGGCUCUUGCCUUCUCUCUGAAUGAUGUGGCAGCGAUGGCUGUUCUGCUCUGCGGCUGCUGUCCGGGAGGAAACUUAUCCAACAUCAUGUCUCUGCUGGUGCACGGGGAGAUGAACCUGAGCAUCAUCAUGACCAUAUCGUCCACGCUGCUCGCGCUGGUGCUGAUGCCGCUGUGUCUGUGGAUCUACAGUCGCGCGUGGAUCAACACACCUGUGGUCAACCUCAUGCCUUUCGGGGCCAUCAUCCUGACCCUGUGCAGCACGCUCAUCCCCAUCGGUCUAGGAGUCACGCUGAGGUACCGCUACACGCGUGUGGCCGACAUUGUUUUGAAGGCCUCCUUGUGGUCCCUGCUCGUCACCCUUAUACUGCUCUUCAUCCUGACUGGAGCAAUGCUGGGGCCGGAUCUGCUGUCCACCAUCCCGCUCUCCGUCUACGUGGUGGCUAUCCUGAUGCCUCUAUGUGGCUAUGCAGCAGGUUACGGCCUGGCCGUGCUCUUCAACCUGCCGCCCAACAGCUGCAGGUCCGUCUCCAUGGAGACCGGCUGCCAGAACGUGCAGCUGUGCACUGCCAUCCUGAAGCUGGCCUUCCCCCCGCAGCUGAUGGGAGGAAUGUACAUGUUCCCUCUGCUGUACGCCUUGUUCCAAGCAGCCGAGGCCGGCAUCUUCAUCCUGGCCUACAGAAUCUACAGGAAGGAGGUCCUGCACAAACCCGAUCCCACGGCAGACGGCGAGGACAUAACAUAUCAGAGGUUUCAUGAUGACGAGGACUUUGACUCAUCUUAUGGUGCUGUGACAGUGAGUGACCCAAACACCAUCAUGUUGGACCCCUGUCCUCCUGAUCCCACCCCUGUUUAAUUUACUAAUACAUAAUCAAAUUAACACUCUACAGAUGGAAUGGAGCAGAACAGGAUCUGCAGGUGGAUUUAUCGCUGUCAUUCACAAAGAAAAUACUCGGGGGGGCUUUAUGUUAAAAGUUUCAUUCAUUCAACUUAAACAUGUUACAUGUGUGAUAAACUGAUUAAAAACCAAAUCGUGGCUGUGUUACCUGUAAAGUGAAAGUGGCAUUAAUCAUCACACCAUCAAUGCAAUGUGGCAGUUUAAAAAGUGUGUGUGAGUGUGUGUGAGUGUGUGUGUGUGAGUGUGUGUGUGCGUGUGUGUGCGUGUGUGUGCGUGAACUAACCCACUCUUCAUGUGCAGAUUUCAGUGACAACAUGAUCAUCACGAUCAUAAUAAUAAUGUAAACACGUGUCUAUGAGUAAAUAAAG